AUGCACCUAUAUAUAGUUGGAGCGAGCUCAUUGGUCACCCGUGCUCUUACCCCCCCGGGGGUAGAUGGGGGGGAAGGGGGCGCCUGUGAAACAACACCGCCUGUAUGUGACACAUUAGUAAAUGAGACGACAUUCGUUAUGGAGCAUGGAGCAUUCUCAUUGAAAGCCUUCGUUCCGGUGUCGCUUCGAGUUACGGCGGCGAUGUUUCGAUCUGUCUAUUGCCUUGCCCGAUAG